AUGGCUCGCUCGCUGUGGACGUGGCUGGCGCUCCUGGCCCUGCAGCUGGGAGCAGCCACUGCCGACAACUCCGCCUGCACCUGCACCGGCCUUGACUACACCGAUGGCGGCUCGUACCUCGUCGACGGGUCCGCCGACGGCGACUUUACCUUUACUUCGGUCUUCAGCUCCUGCAGCACGCCCGACACUGUCCAGCCGAUCCUCGUUGGGCCCAAUAACGAGCAGUUUACGUGCGGCGCCAUUGAGAUGCAGAUCGACGACGAGCAGCAGCGGUCGUCCUGCGGAGUGCCGUACUCGCAAAUGUCGUCGGGAACCUGGACCAUCGUGAUCCAGGCUGACAACACCAACUUCCAGGUGAUCCGCGUGUUCCAGCUGACCGUGACGACGGCCGACCACGUCACCACGACGGUGACGCCGACGGUGGUCGUGGUCGUAAGCCGUUGCGGUGACAGCCCGUCCGGCACGCGCACGCUCACGCAGUGGCUGCCCGCGCCCGUGACAACGAUCGAGACGGUCGUCGAGCACACGCGCACGGCGGGAGUAACCACGUCGGCGUACGUGACGACCGUGGGCGUCGCGGCGUACUGUCAC